AUGUGUUUUCAACAGCAUACCGAAGAGUGGCUGCCAUCAACAAAGUCCUCAUCGCCAUCACCAUCAUCAUUAUUAACAGCAACACCAACUCAGAGCAACUUAAAAACUAUUUCUCAUUCAUCAUUACCCACAACAACAAGAACACAAGAAGCAGCACCAGCAAUAACAACAACAGCAGCUACAAAAGCAAAUGCAACUGAAACAAUUUUAGCCACAUUAAAGAGAGUGCCAGACUUUGUGAGUUGUAGCCACGCUACAACCACUUCCACAUCGUCAACAACAAGAAGAAGAUGGCAACACCAACAGAAUCACCAACAAGAACGAGUGGGGAAGCAGCAACACAUUAAGGCAAUAAUGCCACCACCCACACGCAAUACUCCCACACGCAUUCUCCCGCAUCACCCACUCUUGAUACUCUUAGCCAUCAUCUGCCUUACAGUACAAAUCUCCAGUGCGUAUCUGAUAAUUGUCCAUGAGGAUGCAGCACCUGGUACGGUGAUAUUCAAUGCAUCGGUAUAUAAAUUGGGCUCGGAGCGCCAUUACAAAAUUAAUGCCCACAAAUCGGCCCAUUUUGUACAUCAUCUAGUCUCGGUCAAUCACAAAGACGGUCAGAUACAAUUGAAGAAAUCACUGAAAUGUGAUGGAAUCUAUUAUCCGAAUCUGUUCACAUUCUAUGUGGACUCAACGUCGAAUCGUUUGCGUAGCAUCGACUAUUACAGUCUGCCCAUAAGGAUAUUUGUGUCGGGGCAUACAUGUAACGAGGAUAGGCGGGUGGAGGAGGAGAUUCAUGGUCGGCAUUAUGAGGAGGAGGAUACGGGCUAUUCAAAGCGACGACGUCGAAGAAGAUUUAUCGAAGAAUUGGAUCCUUUGGAGGAAUACGAACGUAGCUAUGGCGAAUUUCGUGAUACCAAUAAACAAAGCAAUACGUUAGGAGCGUUAGGAGCCACAUAUAACCACAAUCACUCGCUUAGUGAAUUUCGUGAUGGUGAUUUAAUAUUCGGCAAUUCAUUUGACAAUGAAAUGCGUCAUCGCAUAUUGAGUCGUAAACGAAGAUCAAUGUUGACACUCGAAACAUCCUCGGCCUCCAUUGCUGCAUCCCAAUCGGCCAGCAAUUUACAUCGUCGCAUAUCAGAAGCCAAACAAUGGAUAUCCGAAACUUACGCCUCCUAUGCCAUACAUACCACCGAUAAAUGGAAUCAAAUCUGCCUGCGGAAAUCUCAAUUCAUUAACAAUCUGAAUGCCUUUCUGCCCCGCUCGAUAUGUCAACACUGCAAGGUGAACUUCCUCGAUGUAAACGAUGAACGUUUUGUUAUUGAACAUCAAAAUCGCGACUUGGUGGCAAGCCGUGAUGUCUGCAUUCACGAAUCGAUGUGGAAAGUUAGCAUAACCUUUAACAUUCGCUGUGAUCGUAGCGACAUUGUCGAUUCCGACCAUCGUCUGAAAAUUGUCUACCAUUAUCAGGAAUUUAAUGACACAGAUAUUGCAAAAAGGGUACGUCGAGAGCUACGCAAUCAAUCGCCAUAUUUUGAACAGGCCCUCUACGUGGCCUCGGUGUUGGAAGAACAGCCGGCAGGCUCAAGUGUGACCACCGUUCGUGCCCGUGAUCCUGAAGAUUCUCCGGUUGUUUACUCCAUGGUUUCUCUGUUGGAUUCACGUUCUCAGUCUUUGUUUAAGGUGGAUUCACGUACCGGUGUAGUUACCACUUCGGCAAGUUUGGAUCGUGAAUUAAUGGAUGUCCAUUAUUUUCGUGUGGUAGCCACCGAUGAUAGUUUUCCUCCCAGAUCGGGAACGACGACGUUGCAGGUUAAUGUUUUAGAUUGUAAUGAUCAUAGCCCUACCUUUGAGGCGGAACAAUUUGAGGCAUCGAUACGUGAAGGUGCCACAGUGGGAUCCACAGUUAUCACUUUGAGGGCAACGGAUCAGGAUAUUGGAAAAAAUGCUGAAAUUGAUUAUGGCAUUGAAAGUAUAACGGACGGUACUGGAACCCUGCAAGAUCAAGAAAUCCCUAUAUUCCGCAUCGAUGCUCGAACUGGUGUAAUUGCCACGCGCACUUCGCUGGAUCGCGAAACAUCGGAUAGUUAUAAUAUUAUUGUGACCGCUUCGGAUAUGGCUUCGGCACAAAGUGAACGUAAAACAGCCACAGCCAGUGUUUUAGUAAAAAUCCUGGAUGACAAUGAUAAUUAUCCGCAAUUUAGUGAACGCACCUAUACAGUCCAAGUACCCGAAGAUCAAUGGGGUGAUGAUAAUGUCGUCGCGCAUAUACGUGCCACCGAUGCUGAUCAGGGUAAUAAUGCGGCGAUACGUUAUGCCAUAAUAGGUGGUAAUACCCAAUCUCAAUUUUCCAUCGAUUCGAUGAGUGGAGAUGUUAGUUUGGUCAAGCCCCUGGAUUAUGAAAGCGUUCGCAGUUAUCGUUUGGUAAUACGGGCUCAAGAUGGUGGCAGUCCUUCGAGAAGUAAUACCACCCAGCUGCUGGUUAAUGUCAUCGAUACGAAUGAUAAUGCCCCGCGUUUUUAUACAUCACAAUUUCAAGAAUCGGUACUGGAAAAUGUCCCGGUGGGUUAUAAUAUUAUCCGGGUGCAGGCCUAUGACAGUGAUGAAGGUUCAAAUGCUGAAAUAACUUAUAGCAUAUCGGAACGUGAUGAUAAUUUUCCCUUGGCUGUGGAUCCACGUUCGGGUUGGGUUCAUACCAUAAAACAGCUGGAUCGUGAGGAGCAGAAUCGUUUUGCAUUUCAAGUUAUCGCCAAAGAUGGUGGGGUGCCACCUAAAUCGGCUAGCUCUACAGUGGUGAUAACUGUGCAGGAUGUGAAUGACAAUGACCCGGUUUUCAAUCCUAAAUACUAUGAAGCAAAUGUGGGUGAGGAUCAGCCACCAGGAACACCAGUGUGUACGGUGACAGCCACUGACCCAGAUGAGGACAGUCGUUUGCAUUAUGAAAUUACAUCGGGUAAUACGAGAGGUCGAUUUGCCAUAACUUCGCAGAAUGGUCGAGGAUUGAUUACGAUUGCCCAGUCUUUGGACUAUAAGCAAGAAAAGAGAUUUUUGCUGACCAUAACUGCCACCGAUUCGGGAGGAAGGGCAGAUACAGCCACGGUCAAUAUAAAUAUUACGGAUGCCAAUAACUAUGCACCGAUUUUCGAAAAUGCUCCCUAUAGUGCUUCGGUAUUUGAAGAUGCUCCAAUUGGCACAACGGUUUUGGUUGUCUCCGCCACCGAUAGCGAUGUGGGUAUUAAUGCCCAAAUAACAUAUUCGUUGAAUGAGGAAAGCAUAAAUGGUCUAGGGAGUCCAGAUCCUUUCUCCAUAAAUCCGCAAACUGGAGCAAUUGUCACAAAUGCUUUGCUGGAUAGGGAAACGACAAGUGGAUAUUUACUGACCGUCACAGCCAAGGAUGGUGGUAAUCCUUCGUUGAGUGAUACCACAGAUGUGGAGAUAAGUGUUACCGAUGUCAAUGAUAAUCCGCCACAUUUUAAGAAUCCUCUCUAUCAAGCCUCAAUUUUGGAAGAUGCCUUGGUGGGUACCUCAGUAUUGCAAAUUGCUGCAACUGAUCCCGAUAUUGGUUUGAAUGGACGCAUUAAAUAUUUACUCAGCGAUCGUGAUGUGGAAGAUGGUUCAUUUGUUGUCGAUCCCACUUCGGGUACCAUACGUACGAAUAAAAAUUUAGAUCGUGAAAGUGUGGCCAUAUAUCAUCUGACAGCCAUUGCUGUCGACAAAGGAUCACCGCCCAUGUCCAGCACUGUGGAGGUACAAAUUCGGCUGGAAGAUGUUAAUGAUUCUCCACCGACAUUCCCCUCGGAUAAAAUUACGUUAUAUGUACCCGAAAAUUCUCCUGUAGGCUCAGUGGUUGGUGAAAUCCAUGCCCAUGAUCCGGAUGAGGGAGUGAAUGCUGUGGUCCAUUAUAGCAUAAUUGGUGGUGAUGAUUCAAAUUCAUUUUCCUUGGUUACCCGCCCGGGUUCGGAAAGGGCCCAAUUGCUGACAAUGACGGAACUGGAUUAUGAAUCGAAUCGCAAGAGAUUUGAAUUGGUGAUACGUGCUGCCUCCCCACCAUUGAGGAAUGAUGCCCAUGUUGAAAUUUUAGUUACAGAUGUAAACGAUAAUGCCCCCGUGUUGAGAGACUUCCAAGUGAUUUUCAAUAACUUCCGUGACCAUUUCCCCAGUGGUGAUAUUGGACGCAUUCCCGCCUUUGAUGCCGAUGUUAGUGAUAAGCUAACCUAUCGCAUACUGUCGGGAAAUAAUGCAAAUUUAAUACGAUUGAAUCAAACAACAGGAGGCUUGAGUCUGAGUCCUCAGCUAAAUACCAAUGUACCGAAAUUUGCCACCAUGGAGGUAUCGGUCACCGAUGGCAUCAAUGAGGCCAAGGCCAUUAUGCAAUUGGCCGUAAGGUUGAUUACAGAAGAUAUGCUUUUCAAUUCGGUAACAGUGCGCUUGAAUGAAAUGACUGAGGAGGCCUUCCUCUCACCCCUGCUGAAUUUCUUUUUGGAUGGCCUGGCAGCCAUAAUACCCUGCCCCAAGGAGAAUAUUUUCAUCUUCUCUAUACAAGAUGACACGGAUGUCACUUCGCGUAUUUUAAAUGUUAGCUUUUCGGCGAAACGUCCUGAUGUAUCUCACGAGGAGUUCUAUACACCACAAUAUCUGCAGGAGAGGGUGUAUUUGAAUCGUGCCAUAUUGGCAAGAUUGGCCACAGUGGAGGUGUUGCCAUUCGAUGAUAACCUCUGUGUGCGGGAACCCUGCUUGAAUUUUGAAGAAUGUUUGACGGUAUUGAAAUUCGGCAAUGCCUCAGAUUUUAUACACAGCGACACGGUACUGUUCCGCCCAAUUUAUCCUGUCAACACCUUUGCCUGUUCCUGCCCUGAAGGUUUCACCGGCAGCAAGGAACAUUAUCUCUGCGAUACCGAAGUAGAUCUUUGCUAUUCCGAUCCCUGUCAAAAUGGUGGUUCCUGUAUGCGACGAGAGGGUGGCUAUACGUGUGUUUGUCCACCCAGCCAUACGGGCGUGAAUUGUGAAACUGAUAUUAAAAAAUUGAAACCCUGCAUGUCGGACAUAUGUGAGGGUGGUCUAUCGUGUAUGAAUAACUAUAUGACCAGCCAACCACCCCCAUACACGGCCACAUGUGAAUUACGUUCACGCUCAUUCUCACGCAACUCCUUCCUCACCUUUGAGAGUAUGAAACAGAGACAUCGCUUCAAUAUUAAAUUACGCUUCGCCACGGUCCAUGAGAAUGGUCUACUGCUCUACAAUGGGCGUUAUAAUGAACUGCAUGAUUUUGUGGCCUUGGAAAUUGUCCAGGGCCAUGUCACGUUCACCUUCUCCCUUGGGGAUCGCAGCGAAAAAGUGGCAGUAUUCCAACAAAGUAAAGUAUCCGAUGGCCAGUGGCAUGAGGUGGAGGUGAAUUAUUUGAAUCGCACCGUGACUCUUAUUGUGGAUGCCUGUGAUACGGCCGUGGCCUUGGCUGGUAAUUUCGGUGACAAAUGGAAUUGUGCCAAUCAAACCACUUUGAAGCUGGACAAGAGAUGUUCUCUGCUCACAGAGACAUGUCAUAGAUUUUUGGAUCUCACAGGACCCCUGCAAAUUGGUGGUUUGCCUCGCAUUCCCGCCCACUUCCCCAUCGAUAAUCAAGAUUAUGUUGGCUGUAUUUCCGAUUUGAGAAUCGAUGAACGUUAUAUUGAUCUGAAUUCCUAUGUAGCAGAUAAUGGCACAAUUUCUGGAUGUCCUCAACGCAAUCCGCUAUGUUCUUCAGAACCCUGCUUCAAUGGUGGUGCUUGCCAUGAAGGUUGGAAUACCUAUACCUGUGAAUGUCCGGAGGGUUAUGCUGGUAAUAAUUGUCAGGAGACAAUACCAGCCCCUUGGCGUUUCUCUGGAGAUGGUAGCUUGAGUUUCAAUCCUCUUCUGAGACCAAUACAAAUGCCUUGGGUAACAUCGCUGGCCAUAAGGACCCGACAACGUAAUGCCUUCCUUCUGCAAAUACAAAUUGGACAGAAUAGUUCCGCGGUGAUAUGUCUCAAGGAUGGCAUCCUUUAUUAUAUUUUUGAUAAUGAACCGAUGUUUUUGGCUGGCGCGUUUUUGGCGGAUGGAGAAUGGCAUCGUGUGGAAAUAAAAUGGAUGGGCUCAGAAAUUUCAUUCUCUGUAGAUUUUGGUCAGCGCACAGGAGCGGUGCCGAUAUCACAAAAAAUCCAGGGUCUCUAUGUGGGAAAAAUUGUCAUCGGCAGUCCGGAUAGUUCUAUUGGUCAUGUAGAUGAUUUGUUAUCGUAUGAAGGUUGUAUCCAGGAAGUAAGGAUUGGAGCCUCACAGGCCGUAUUGUCCAGGCCCACCAUACGUGAAAAUGUUGAAGAUGGUUGUCUCUCAAAGGCCGAGUGCCCCGUCACCUGUCCACCACAUUCUAGUUGUACCACUUCCUGGGAUCAUGCGGAGUGUGAGUGUCUCCCAGGUUACGUGGGACCUGAUUGCCUACCCAUUUGUACCGUGAAGCCCUGUGCAGCGGGAGUUUGUCGAGCAAACAUCAGCGAACCUAAAGGAUAUCACUGCGAAUGUAACUCAACCUAUCAACAUGGAGAGUAUUGUGAAAAGACUGUGCAACAACCCUGCCCCGGCGGUUGGUGGGGUGAAAAGGUGUGUGGACCCUGCAAAUGUAAUGUCAAGCAAGGUUAUCAUCCCGAUUGCCACAAGACCACCGGACAAUGUCAUUGUAAAACAAAUCAUUAUCAGCCACCGAAUGAGACAGCCUGUAUACCAUGUGAUUGCUACUCCAUUGGAUCUUUUAGUAGUGCCUGUAAUCCGUUGACGGGUCAGUGUGAAUGCAGAGAGGGUGUAAUUGGUCGUCGUUGUGAUUCGUGUUCUAACCCUUAUGCCGAAGUGACCUUAAAUGGUUGUGAAGUGGUGUACGAUGCUUGCCCUAGAUCUUUUGCUGCAGGAGUGUGGUGGCCUAGAACUCCCUUGGGUAGUACCACUGUGGAAAAUUGCCCUAGCCCCUCUAAGGGAAAGGGUCAGAGGACCUGUGAUGGCUUGUCUGGAGGUUGGAAUACACCCGAUAUGUUUAAUUGCACUUCGGAACCUUUUGUGGAGCUGAGGAAACAACUUUCUCAGUUGGAAAAAUUGGAAUUGGAGUUAAAUUCCUUUGUGGCCAUAAAGACUGCAGAAAAUCUACAAAAAGCCUGUACCACUGUAGAUCGCAGUUCCAAGGUCCAUAAGAAACCCCUGACCAAAGAUCAUAGGCGUUAUAAAAUGGAAUCAUCCUUCCUGCUAAAUGAAAACAACAAUGUUUGGUCCCACGAAUUGGAAAUGGAAUAUCUUUCGGAUGAAAUGAAAUUCUCCCAUGAUCGCCUCUACGGAGCAGAUCUCCUGGUCACCGAGGGAUUACUGCAGGAACUAAUUAAUUAUGAACUAAUGCAGAAUGGUUUAAAUUUGACGCAUUCUCAGGAUAAAUAUUUCAUCAAAAAUCUUGUUGAGGCUGCCAGUGUUAUUUUGGAUCGUAAAUAUUCUUCGGAGUGGAAACGGGCCUCAGAGCUAAUACAACGUGGACCCGAUGAUCUCCUUGAUGCCUUCAAUAAAUAUAUGGUUAUAUUGGCAAGAUCUCAACACGACACCUACACCAAUCCUUUCGAAAUUGUACAACCCAAUAUGGCUUUUGGUUUGGAUAUUGUCACUGCAGAAUCGCUAUUUGGCUAUGAACCCGAACAGCUAAGUGAAUAUCAUAAAACUAAAUAUUUCAAACCGAAUGCCUUCACCACGGAAAGUAUUAUUUUACCCGAUACCAGUGGGUUUCUACAACAUUCGGCAAAGCAGAAACCGGUUAUUACCUUCCCCAAAUACAACAAUUACAUUCAGGAUAAAAGUAAAUUUGAUAAAUACACGAAGGUCUUGGUUCCGCUGGAUAUGUUGGGUAUUACACCCCCUGAGAGUAAUGAAGUGACCUAUGGCACCAAUGAUUAUAAGGCCAUAAUCUCAUAUGCCCAAUACAAAGAUGUGGGCCAGCUACUUCCCGAUAUGUUUGAUGAAACCAUUACCCGACGUUGGGGUGUUGACAUAGAAGUUGCCUCGCCAAUACUUUCCUUGGCAAUUUUGGUACCCUCCACAGAGGCUGAGGAGAAACGCAUCGAAAUUCCCUAUCGUAAAAUCUCGUCACAAAAGACCUAUUCCGCCACAGGCUCAAGUGAACAGGAAUUCAUAGAAGUCUUUGAUGUACCCAAGAAACAUGGCAGUGGAAGUCAAGCCUCAUCCAAUUCGGCCAGUGAGGAGCAUAUGAUUGAGAAUAUACGCAUAACGGCACAUGAAAUUCCACCAGCAUCGUCCUCCUCCUCGUCAUCAUCGUCAAGGGAACAUGACAGCAACGAGGCCAUGGAAAUAGAAGAUCCCGAAGAACCCCAUUUGAAUGUGCGCUUUGAUGAUAACAUUGAAUUCCAUGGUAAUUCGGGAGAAGAGGUGAUAAAUUCUCCCGAAGAUAUGGGUCAUUAUGAUCAGUCGCAGGAACAGCAAAUUCACUCCCACGAACAUGAUGAUCACUCCGAUAUGAAUCCAAGUAAGGGUGAAAAUGAAGCCUUCUAUCGCAAUCGUCGUUUGGUUAAACGUCAAGUGGAGGUUAUCUAUCCCAGUGAGCAGUCCCAGAAGGCGCAACACCUUUCAUUUAGAUCCUUGGGAUCGCCACAUCUCUCACAGCCCAUAAAACUGCAAAUGUGGUUGGACAUUGAGCCAGGACGUUUUGGACCACGUUCCAAUCCACAAUGUGUGCGCUGGAAUUCCUUUACCAAUCAAUGGACCCGCCUAGGCUGUCAAACCGAUAUACCCGAUUAUGAUAAUAUCCACUUACACAUGCCGAGCAACUCAAACAAUAAUGGAGGAGCUUCUGGAUCGCCCCAACCACCACCCAUAUUGGUCAACUGCACCUGCACCCAUAUCUCCAAUUAUGCUGUCAUUGUUGAUGUUAUCGAUCCCGAGGAUAUACCCGAACCAUCACUGCUCGUCCAAAUCACUUCAUAUUCCGCCUUCCUCGUUUCGCUGCCCGUCCUUUUGAGCGUCCUGAUUGCAUUGGCCCUGUUGCGUGGCCAACAGACCAACUCAAAUACCAUUCAUCAGAACAUUGUCCUGUGUGUCUUCUUUGCCGAAUUGCUGUUCUUUGUCGGCAUGCAAUCACGUCGUAAUUUGCUCGAAAACGAAUUCCCCUGCAAGCUGAUUGCGAUUUGUUUGCAUUAUUUCUGGUUGGCCGCCUUCGCCUGGACGACGGUGGACUGUGUGCAUUUGUAUCGUAUGCUAACGGAGAUGCGUGAUAUUAAUCAUGGUCCGAUGGGUUUCUACUUUGCCAUGGGUUAUGGUGCGCCCGCUAUCGUUGUUGGCUUAUCGGUGGGUGUGCGUGCUCACGAAUAUGGAAAUAGUCUGUUCUGUUGGUUAUCCGUUUACGAACCUGUUGUGUGGUGGCUUGUUGGUCCGAUUGCUGGAAUGUCGGUGGUAAAUCUGCUCAUCCUCUUUGUAUCCGUAAAGGCCGCGUUUACGCUAAAAGAUCAUGUUUUGGGUUUUGGUAAUUUACGUACCCUACUAUGGCUUUCGGUAGUCUCAUUGCCACUAAUGGGCGUAAUGUGGGUCUUGGCGGUACUCGCAGCCUCGGAGAGUUCUCAACUCUUAAGUAUGUUACUCUCAGGAGUUGUAGUACUGCAUGCAGUCUUCUGUCUUGUUGGCUAUUGUAUCAUCAACAAGAGAGUGAGGGAAAAUCUUCAACGAACAUUCCUAAGAUGUAUGGGACGAAAGGUACCUUUACUCGAUUCCUCGAUGGUCGUCAGUAAUAGUUCGCACAAUGUUAAUGGUACAAAUACCCGGCCCAAUAACUUUCUCAAUGCCAACGGUUAUGAUACACAGCGACGAAACGUGGGUAUAAGUGUGUCGAGCACCACAUCGCGUAGUACUGCUAAGACCAGUUCCAGUCCUUAUAGUGAUGGCCAAUUACGCCAGACCUCAACAUCCACCUCGAAUUACAAUUCCAAUUCCGACGCUCCCAGUUUCUUGCGCGGCUUUGACUCAUCCACCACCAGUGGCCAGAGGGAGGGUAAAUCUCGCAGACACCAUCGCAAAGAUUCCGAUUCGGGUUCCGAAACUGAUGGUCGUUCUUUGGAGUUAGCCUCUAGCCAUUCUAGUGAUGAUGAUGAGUCUAGAACGAAUCGUUCUAGCACCACCGGAACAGCCACUUCAACACAUCGCAGCACAGCGGUUAGCAUUACCCCCUCUUACCUGCCCAAUAUCACGGAACAUGUCCAGGCAACCACACCGCCUGAACUGAAUGUUGUACAAAGUCCACAAUUGUUCCCCAGCGUCAAUAAACCAGUCUAUGCUCCUCGAUGGUCCAGUCAACUACCCGAUGCCUAUUUACAAUCACCACCAAAUAUGGGUAGAUGGUCACAAAAUACUGAAUCGGAUAAUGAGCACAUCCAACAUCAUGGACAAAAAAUGACCAUAUCCCCUAAUCCACUGCCUAAUCCGGAUCUCACCGAUACUUCGUAUUUACAACAACAUCACAACAAAAUCAAUAUGACACCCUCGAUAUUGGAAAAUCUACAAAAUGCCCGACCCUCCGAGAGUUAUGAUGCCUUGGAAAGGGAAAGUCUGUAUGGUCGAAGACCUGAUAACUAUGGACAAUAUGACACGAUGCCUGCGAAUAUAACAAAUUAUAAACCACCCAGCCAUUAUGGCAGUGAACAUGAUUACAAUGGAAGUAAUGGCAACAACAGCAAUGGCACAGGGAGCAAUGGCGGCGGUGGUGGCAGUUCCAAUGGCAAUGGUGGCACACAAAUUGUCAAUCACAUGAGAACCUUUAAUAAUGACAAUGCCUAUCUAAGUGAUAGUAUCUAUGAUAAACAAAGAACACUGGGUUCACCAUAUAUGUCCAAAGAUCGUAUCGCUCCUGACAUAUAUGGAUCUCGGGAAAAUCAUUAUAGUCUAAAGAAACAUCAGCCGCCUCCCAUGUAUGGUACCGAUUCGGUGCAUUCGGUACAUUCAUUGCUGCGCAACGAUUAUCAUCAGCAACAACAACAGCAGCAGCAACAACAACAACAACGGCUUCAUCAUCAAGAUCAUCAUUCAGAUCGUUUAUCGGAAAAUUCCGAUAAAAAUGGUUAUCAUUUCCCAUACACUGCCGAAGAGGAUCACCUGACAACAAAUGCACGGAAACUAAGUUUACAACAUUCACAUUCUCCCUCAUUGCAUGGUGGUUCUCAGCAAGUGCUGAAUGGUCAUCAUCCGCAUCAUAUGGCGCCGGGUAUGGUAAAUGAUAUUAAUAAUCCUGGUCUCAUGGGUCGUCAUACAUUGAAUGGUUCACGCCACAGUUCGAGGGGCCCUUCACCGCCAACUUCAAAUAUAGCACCAAUGCAGCCGCUGGCACCCUUAACCAGUAUUACCGAUACAGAGUGA